CUUGCACGGCGGGCCAUGGCCACGUACUGCGACGGCUCGGGUGUCUGCCCGGCCCCGCACAGCCAGGCCCGGGCAGCGUCGCACCCCACCGGCUACGGGCGUGGGGACCUGGACGCGGCGGGCGGUGGACCGCGCCUGUGGCUGAACGCGCCGGGGCUCAGCCCCGCGCCCUACGUGCCGGGCCCUGGGCCAUCGCCCCCCUACGCUCCCCCUGGCUACGGGGCCCCAGGCCCGCUCCUUGGCUCUGCGGGCGGCCUGGCGGGCGCUGACCUGGCCUGGCUGAGCCUCUCGGGCCAGCAGGAGCUGCUGAGACUCGUGCGCCCCCCCUACUCGUACUCGGCGCUCAUCGCCAUGGCCAUCCAGAGCGCGCCGCUGCGCAAGUUGACGCUCAGCCAGAUCUACCAGUACGUGGCCGGCAACUUCCCCUUCUACAAGCGCAGCAAGGCCGGCUGGCAGAACUCCAUCCGCCACAACCUGUCGCUCAACGACUGCUUCAAGAAGGUGCCCCGCGACGAGGACGAUCCAGGCAAAGGCAAUUACUGGACCCUGGACCCAAACUGCGAGAAGAUGUUCGACAACGGGAACUUUCGGAGGAAGAGGAAGAGGAGAGGGGCAGCGAGCGCGGCCGCACUCUCCGGAGCCCGCAGCCCGGGCCGAGCCCUGGCCCCGGAGCUGGACACCCUGGGCACCGCGUCCCCGGACCUGCAGGCCUCCCCGUCCCCGCCCGCGCCCGAGGCUGCCUCCUGCUUCGCCAGUUUCGCCUCAGCCAUGGGCGCCCUGGCCGGUGGCCUUGGCGCCUUCCCCGGGGGGCUGGCAGGCGAAUUUUCUUUCGGGAGACCAGCGACGGUCACUGCUAACAGCCCCCAGUCCCCCGGCCCUUCGCCUGGCUUCCCCUCUGGCCAUCAGACUGUGGCCACCGGCUUCCGUGUGGGUCACUUCGUCUACAGUCCGGAAGGCACCGAAGUUUGA